AUGUCUCAGUACUCAGGAAAGAUUGUGUUCUAUGAGGGAAAAUGUUUCACUGGGAGGAAGCUGGAGAUCUGCAGCGACUGCGACAACUUUCAGGACCGAGGCUUCAUGAACAGGGUCAACUCUGUCCGUGUGGAGAGCGGGGCCUUCGUCUGCUUCGACCACCCAGACUUCAAGGGCCAACAGUACAUUCUGGAGCAUGGAGAGUACCCUGAAUUCCAGCGCUGGAAUGCCCAUAAUGAUCACAUGGGCUCCUGCAGGCCAAUCCGGAUGCAUGGCGAGCACUACAGGAUGGAGCUGUUCGAGGGAGAAAACUUCACUGGCCAGUGUGUGGAGCUGUGUGACGACUGUCCAUUUCUGCAAGCACGAGGCCUGACCAAGAACUGUAUCAACUCCAUCAAGGUUUACGGAGAUGGAGCCUGGGUGCUGUAUGAGGAGCCUAACUACCGUGGCCGCAUGUACAUCGUGGAGAGAGGAAGCUACUGCGCCCACAUGGAGUGGCAGGCAGAGAACCCCAACAUCCAGUCUGUUCGCAGGGUGGCAAACUAUUUUUAA